ACUGCUUACAGAUGACGCGCGGAUCUUUCUCGGUAAUUGUGAAUGUGCCUUACGAUCACGUAAUAUGUGCACGAAUCUCCUUCGUGGGUUUGCGCAUACGGAGCUGGAGAGCUUUUUGUGAUUUCGUUGGAAUUAUUUUCGGAAUUGGCUGGGAUCCAACAUUCAAUAAUGUUCACCAAUCGUCUGUCAACAAUCCUGCGGUUGGCUGCACAGGAUCAGCAAUGGCAACAACAAAGAGGAAUGGCCACUCUCAAAGCUAUCUCUAUACGUCUAAAGUCAGUCAAGAAUAUCCAAAAGAUCACGCAAUCCAUGAAGAUGGUAUCAGCGGCCAAGUACAAUCGUGCAGAGCGUGACUUGAAGCAAGCUCGUCCUCUCGGCAUUGGCACAAAGACAUUUUACGAGCAGGCUGAGAUCAAAGCGCCAGCAGAGGAGCCAAAGAAGCUCGUCAUUGGCGUGACUAGCGAUCGUGGUCUAUGCGGCGCUGUGCAUUCUGGGGUAUCUCGUAACAUUCGCGAUCAAUUACUAGCUGAUCCCAAGGAACUCGAGAACACAAAGAUUAUAUGCAUCGGCGAAAAAUCCCGAGCGAUUCUCCAACGAUUAUUUGCGAAUAAUAUACUUUUUGUCGCAUCCGAGAUUGGCCGUAAGCCACCAACAUUUAACGAUGCAGCUAAAAUAGCUAUAGAAAUAAUCAAUAGUGGUUAUUCCUUUGGUUCCGGACGUAUAGUGUACAAUAAAUUUAAAUCUGUGGUGUCAUACGCAGUUGAUGACUUGCCAUUGUUUGAUAAAACCGCAGUAAUUGCCGCACCGAAGCUAUCAGUGUACGAUUCACUUGACGAGGAGGUGAUACAGAGCUAUUUGGAGUUCUCGCUUGCCUCAUUGUUGUUUUAUUCGAUGAAAGAAGGUGCUUGCAGCGAACAAUCCAGCCGUAUGACAGCGAUGGACAAUGCUAGCAAGAACGCCGGCGAAAUGAUUGACAGACUCACUCUUACUUUCAAUCGCACUCGGCAGGCUGUGAUCACUAGAGAAUUGAUUGAAAUUAUCUCCGGUGCCGCAGCAUUGGAUUAAGAAUAUUUUGAAGGAUAAUAGUUUCUCAAUUUCUAGUGUGGGCAAAUAGAAUAAGAAUGUAUUGUUGGAAAAAGAAGAAAAACAAGAGGAGAAAAGCCCGCUAUACCAACGAAAGAUGAAAUUCUCGAUCGAUUUGGACGGUAUUCGAUUAUACAUGGAGCUAUUCCGUGAACAUCAAGAACUGUUCAAAUUUAACGUUAUUUAUAUGUCCAAGCUGUUCAAUAAAUCGAUCGACUUAAAAAAA